AUGUUUAGUUUAGAUCUAAAGACAACACUCGAGAGCAUAGAUGAUAGCAAUAAAGAGGAUAACCAACAGCCGCAAAUGUAUGCCAAGGACUCAAUGGACAGAUUCGACAACGACUUGUGUGCACUUGUAUUGUCUUAUCUCACAUUUGAAGACCGAUUCCGUUGCGAAUGUGUGUCCAAACAGUUCCAGAGGACAGUCUUCAAGAAUAAGGAACUGUUGUCCGCGUUGGUGGCACAAAAACAGUCUCUUAAAAGUGUCUGGGUAAAUAAUCUAAGUUACAAUAUUAACGAGAGUUUAAUUGAAUUGUCGACACAAUUGUCACGAUUACCGCAAUUACGAGAAUUAACACUAGAUUUGAGAGUCAAUUCUGGCGAUAACUCAUUGUCCGAGUCUUUGCGCACAAUUGACUGUUAUAAUGCGCAAGUGUUGGUUCCGUUGAAACACUGCCACCAAUUAACACAUCUUACGAUUGAUACGGAAAAAAUGAGCGACAAAUGGCUGGACAAUUGUGAUAGAUAUUGGCCACGAGUUAAGUACUUAUCGCUCAGAGUCUAUUCAAUUACUCGCAAGCGUUUGGAUUACAUCUCAAGACUACCGGCGCUGCAAACGCUUGACAUUAUAUGCCAUCAUUGCAAU